CUUGUCUCGUACGUAUUCAUGGUGGUUUCACGCCAAAUAUUGGGUUGUGGAUUAUUGUUUUCCCGAAGCCCCGACGCGACCUUGGUGUGGCGGGCUUUGGGGAAACAACCCAUCCACUUCACAUUCACAUCGCUCUUAUGACGAACGCUACCUCUGCCUGAAGACACCUUCGCGGACAUUUCGAACCAAACAAAUGCACCAUUAAAGAGAUACUGCGACUUCAUCAACAACGAUGUCGAAGCCCACGAUUACCCUCAAGAUCGGUGGCGGUUCCACCCCAGGAUUCAACCUCACAGGAAGGAGCCCUUCGACAGCGGGCACUCCGACUCCAGGCAGUGCCGCCCCAAAGAUCAGGCUUAAUAUGAGCAAUGGAUCAAAACCAACGACCCCUAGCGAGAUCGUAGUCAAGCCGCUACCUAAAACCAAGGCUGGGCGAGCAUCCAAACCUUCUGCCAAAGCCGCAGCGAACAAGAAUGGCAAACGUAUAAAAGACGAAUCCGACGAUGGAGAUGAUCACAAAUCACGCGCUAUAGCAGAGAGAGCGCCGAAGAAGCUGAAGCUGAGCCUAGGAGGCCCAAAGGCUCCAACCGUUUUAAAGGCGAAAUUCAAAGGCAAGCCGCCAAAGAGACCGCUUGGAGAAGGCUAUGACUCCGAGGCCAGCGACAGGGAAGAAGACCCGCUUGUGGUGGAAGAAUUUAUAUUGCGCAUGAUACCUGGACCGGACUGUGACUACGUUCGUGAAGCGAUCCAAGAAAAGACUAUUGGCGUACCACGACACCAAAACGGGGCAGACAUCCAGAUGAAAUUCAUACACCAAGAAGGGCGCCGCGCGAUCGUAACGGUACGCAAGCAUCACUACGCAGCGACCCUAGUCGACCUACCUUGUGUUAUUGAAGGCAUGAAAAGUUGGGACAAGAGAGGGUGGUGGAAAUCAGCAGACAUCUGCCAAAUGCUUUUGGUUUUUGCGCCAAUAAAGACAGAGGCGGAGGCGGCAACGAUAGAACUACCAAAGAUUGUUGAUCCUCACACUUUCCAAUAUCCGCAUGGAUUAACGCCUCCAAUGCACUUUGCCCGCAAGCGCCGGUUCAGGAAGCGCAUCAGUAGGACAGCCAUUGAAGCCGUGGAAGACGCCGUUGAAAAGCUCUUGGAGGCCGAUCUGAAGGCAGAGAGUAUCAGGCAUGAGCUCAUUGAACCCGAAGUUCGGAGCCGACAAGGGAGCCGUUCAUUUGGAAGCCCACUCGCCUACGACGAGGAGGAAGGAUAUUCCGAAGACGAGGACGCAGAUGGGGAUAUUGAUGAUGGCACUGCAUAUUACGGCCAUAUCAAUGGCAAUGGCUUGCAUAAACAAGAAGAGGGAGAGGAGCAUGACCUUGAUGCGGACCUUGAGGCUGAUUUGGAAGCUGCUUUCGAGGCCGACUUUGAUAUCGGAACACCCGCAUCCAACGCCAUCGCUGAAACGCCGAUUGCAACGAUUACAAGUGGCACGCCGGAUGCAAGCGGCAAUGUGAAUGGAGACAGUGGUGACGAGUCGUCCGAUGCCAGCGUUGAAGAUGACGAGGCAGACGGUGGCUCUGACGACGAGAUCGACGAUGACGAGCGUGCCAGAUUGGCCCAGCUCCAAGGUGCCAAGGAAGAUAUUGACGAAAUGGAGAAGCAACUGGCGAGUCUGCAGGCAUCAUGGGAGAUGCAGGUCAAUCCGAUCCUGAAAACGAGAAUUAAGGGGAAUAUCGAGAAGGUGAAGGCUGAAUUGCAGCUCAAGAAAUCUGCAAUCGGCGAAGGGGACGAAGAUUAGAUUCGGCUUGUAAAGGGAAUGUAUAGUGGAAGCCGGCGUUAUCAAUACCUUGGGAGGCUGGAUUCUGAUAUUUGGCAAUGGGCGUAAUGGACUAGUUGGUUGAAACCGGAGAACAUCCUGGUGACUACAGCAUUUUAUAAUGUAGCAAGGGGCACAGGAACACACGAACAAAUUUAAUCCUCAACAUAUAAUAGUG